AUGAGGGGCCCGGGCUGCUCGGGCGGUAGUAGCCCCCCGAGGCGCUUGUUCCCGCUGCCCCGGCGGGUGCUCCACACCACGCCGCCGGAACCCAGCGACCCCUCCGGCCGGACCGUCCCGCCCCGCCGGGGCCGGCCGCGCAAGCGGGGGCGGGCCUCUGUGUCGUGUGGCCAAUCCGGACCGGGCCUGUGGGCCGGGGCGGGGCGGCCCCGGCGCGACGCCCCAAGUGGCGGUUGUUUCAAGAUGGCGGACGUGGCGGGCCCCUCCCGCCCGGGCGCGGCGGCGUUCUGGAGCCGGGACUUUUCUGAUGAAGAACAAUCAGUAGUGUAUGUUCCAGGAAUUUCUACAGAAGGAAAUACCAGGUCAAGACACAAGACGGUGAAUCCAAAAGCUGAUGUUAAACUCAAGACCUCCAGGGUGACUGCUACUCCCGUCUCCAUGGAGUCUUUAAAAGGUGCAGGAGAUUCAGUUGAUGAACAGAGUUUCUGCAGGGGAGAAAUAAAGAGUGCAUCACUGAAGGAUUUGUGUCUUGAAGACAAAAGACGCAUAGCAAACUUAAUUAAAGAACUGGCCAGAGUAAGUGAGGAAAAGGAAGUGACAGAAGAAAGACUCAAAGCUGAGCAGGAGUCAUUUGAGAAGAAGAUCAGGCAGUUGGAAGAACAGAAUGAACUGAUCAUCAAAGAAAGGGAAGCUCUUCAGUUACAAUAUAAAGAAUGCCAAGAACUUCUAAGUCUCUCUCAGAAGUAUCUAUCAGAACAGCAGGAGAAGCUCACUAUGUCUGUCUCAGAACCUGGUGCUGCUAAAAUGCAGGAACAACAGGUAUCCAAUAGGAAAAGCACUCUCCCAUCUGCAUCUGUGGAACUGGAUGGCUCCUACUUGAGUGUAGCCAAACCACAGAUCCACACUCAAACCAAGCAGAGGCCUAAGUCGGCAAAUCAGGACUCAGCUCUGGAAUCCCUUGUGGAAUUUAGGAAUAAUUCUUUGAAACCAGCAACCCAUCAUUAUUCCAAAGAGGAUAUGGGCAAGGUUCCCUCAGAGACCAGAACAUGUAAUUACAGAUCCCCAGGGAAAAAACUAGUAGAUGCAGUCCCUACAGAGAAAGCCCCUCCCAAAGAACUGAAGAUGAAGGAAUGCCAGCACCUCCAGGCUCCUCUGUCUAGUCAGCGUUGUGGCCAUGGACGUUCUGAAAAUGCAGAUCACGUUCACGAGAGCCAUCCGACACACCUGGGCCCUCAGCAUUCCGAUACACACCUGGACUCAUGCAGGUAUUGUGGGCUUUCCUGGGCGUCUCUGAUGCAUGGCCAUGGGGCACUGCCACCUAAUGAAAAUGAUGUCAGAAAGCAGCUCUCAGAAGAUAGAAGGCAGCAACUUAUGCUUCAGAAAAUGGAGCUGGAAAUUGAAAAGGAGCGCCUUCAGCAUCUGUUGGCCCAGCAGGAGACAAAACUUCUCCUGAAACAGCAGCAGCUUCAUCAGUCUCGACUGGACUAUAACUGGUUAAGGACUCAAGCUGUAUUUAAGUCAAGAGAACUGGUUGCUAAUAAAGAGAUUACUAAACCUCGAGAGCUCAGUCUGGAUGUGAAUGGGAGUGCCUCUGGAACAAGUUUGUUGAAGUCAGAGUGUGAUGACUGGACACUUGGAACAUCACCAUCCAGCAAAAAGUGCCAAGGCUCCACUAACAGUGGAGCAAGUAGAAGGGAUAAGAAGACAGUUGGGUUUCAGUCACAGAUGAAAGAUGGUGCCCUAUGGACCAGUCAGAAGAAAGAUGCAUGUCGAUCCCAAAGAGGGACAGUGGCAGAAGUUCGAAAAGAUGCGUCUACGUCUCCUAUGACAACCGGGAGCCAGAAGGAGCUUGUGACCCCAGCUACAUCAUCAUCCCAACAUGACAGCUCCCGGUAUGAGACAUCUCUGUUGGAUUUGGUUCAAUCUCUGAGUCCAAAGACUGCUUCCAAACCACGGCCCCAUCGCUCCAGAGAAGCUGGGUCAUGGAAUCACAGUACUUAUCGAUUCAGUCCUCUGAAAUCAACCUGGAACAAGACCAGGGCCGGCAGCACCCCUGAAGACCUGGAGGAGAAUCAGAUUCUGGAAGAUAUCUUUUUCAUUUGACACUGAAGCACAUGCUGCGAAGUUUCCAUCAGAAACGAACCGGCCUCCGCCGUCUCUGCCGCCCUGCUUUCCUGACUCCUCACCCCCAGGCAACAGAACCAAGC